GCUGCAGCUCGUUCGGACUGGGAGCGCAGGCGCGCGCUGAUCAAGCAUUGCGAUUGCGAUGCGCUGCCGAGGGGUUGCCCGCCAAGGUUGCCGUGCUACGAGGCGGGCUUCGGCAUGUGUGAUGCUAUCGGUGGCUAUGCUGACAUGUGCGCCAGUCGUUGGGACGCCAUCGUCAAGGCAAAGCUCCCCGCGGGCACCGCCGACCGCACUCGUCUGAAAUCUGCAUCCUUCUGUCAGGUAAUCGUCGGUUCAGUCACGCUGCCGCCCCUCGAAGGCCCCGUUGCGCAUGAUAUUGAAAUGGAGAGCAUGGACGUGGAAGUUGAGCUAUGGAGUUGCAUCUCGUAUAUCCACUUUUCCCCAUGGAAGGUAAUGUUCAUGCCCGCGACUUGCGCUGGGCACGCAGGUGGGGACCAAUUUUCUGCGACAAUGGAGCCAGAGUGGACCAGGCAACGCAAGCACUUUAAGCAGAUGCUGGAGACGUACGGCGAGGACACAACGUACAAGGUUCAGUGCUCUGAGUUCAUUGAUACCCCGGCGCCUGUCAACUUCGCGCCGAGCGAGCAGCUCAUCAGAAAACGAGGGGACGCCAUCGAGUUUUGGUUUUGCCCUGGCGACCAGGCGAAACUGCCGGCGUUCCGUGCCAAGAAGAAGAGGCUCCUUGAUAAAGAACAGAACCGUUGGGAUGAUGAAGGAGAUGGCAGCGGCGGCUCUGAGGGCGAGCCCGUCGGGUCGGAGCUUGAGGCCAGCGAGGGCGAGCCCAUCGGAGCUCUGUCCGACUCAGAGUGCGGCGGGUCAGUCUGCGACUCUUCUGGCGAAUCGCAGGGCUCCGCUCAUCAUGCUCCGAGCAGUUCAGACUGGGGCGGCGACGACGGCGAGGCGAUGCCCCCGCGGCUGAGGGCGGCGACAGGGUGCCGCGCGACGCAGCGCCUGUCCCUGCUGAUUUAA